CGUGUUGAUGUUUUGUUUGUUUACAAAUCGCUUGUCCAACAAUUUCUGGGUAAAAAAUUAAAAUUCGAUUUUCUCGUGAGUAUGGCAAAUAGAGGAAGAAUGACUGACAAUUCGAGAUUACCCGGGUCAGAGGCCAUGCAGACUCCUUUUUGCAUCAAGGAUCUCAAGCCCAACAUGAAGAAUUUAAAACUGGUUUUCAUAAUUUUAGAAAUUGCCCGACCCAGCCUGACCAAGGAGAACCAUGAGGUUCGGUCGUGCAAGGUGGCAGAUCGCACCGGCUGCAUCAACAUCAGCUUAUGGGAUGAACCUGGCAAACUCUUACAGCCUGGCGACAUAGUCUCCCUGAACAAAGGCUACACGUCGGUGUUCAAGAACUGCCUCACCCUGUACGUUGCAAAGGGCGGCGACCUGCAGAAAGUGGGCGACUUCUGCAUGCAGUUCUCAGAACAACCCAACAUGUCGGAGCCAAACCCAGAGUAUGCCUUGGCCGCCGCCGCCAACAACUCUAAGAACAACAGCAACAACAACAUCAAUGGUGGCAGUGAAAACAACAACAACAGCAGCAACAACAACAACCGGUCUAGCAACACUAACAACAGUGGUGGUGCUGGUGCUGGUGGGGGUAACAAUCGCUCUGGUAACAGCAACAGUAACAACACUAACAGUAGUAGUAGCAGCGGUGGUAACAAUGGCCGCCCUGGCAACAACAGCAACAUCAGCAGCAACAACAGCACCAUAAGUAGCACAAGCGAUACUUCAGCACCAAGAAGAGAACCGACACAAGGGGGCUAG